AUUGAAAAUUUUUAAAAUAGAGGUUAUGUUUACAAAACAGAGUAUAUUUUUAUUUAUUUAUUACCAGAACAUUAAAAAUUUAGAGCGGUAAUAUGUUUAUUAAUAUUUUAAAGUCCUUGAAAAAUGCAUCCCAUACUACAGGUGUAUUUUAUAGUAUAAGAAAUAAGUCUGGGGCAGUAGAGAACACAAUUAAGAAGAAAUUGCAAGUCACCUUGCAAACGACACACGUAGAUGUUAUAAAUGAAAUAGACCAAGCAGAAAAGUCUCAAUUCAGAUUAGUUGUGGUCACAGACAAGUUCCAUGGAUUACCCAUGUACAAGAGAUACAACUUGGUCAAUGAAAUCCUAAAAGAAGAGCUACAAGCUGGGACGCAAAUUUCUUCAAUAGUAGCUAAGACCCCCAUCCAAUGGCACAGAAGUCUGGCGGCAAAAGAACAUAGCCCUGACAGUUGAGGGUUUACCAGAGUUGUAGAAAAAGAAGUAAUAUAUCGUCAAUUCGUCACUACUUUGAAAUAAUCUCGUAUCUCACACUGCUCCUCAAAGUUAAAACGCAGUUAGUCUAUAUGCAUUCCAUACACACUACAUUUUUCUGACAGAAGAAGAUACAAGUUUUUUUCAAAGUAGUGACGAUAUGUAGAUGUUGUUUAGUUAUUGUGAAAUAAUGGAGUAAAAUCAAUCUUUGGUACCUACAUGUAAUUAUAAGAGUAACAUGUUGGUCAACAAGUCUUGUUUGAAUGCCACACCUACUCUGCUCAUGAACCUACGAGUUAUACUACUACUGAGUCGUCGGAAACCUGAACCCUCCUUGGAACUUGUACAAUCCUUUUUGCUGUGUAUUUAACACAGCAAAAGGGAGUGAACAAGUUUCUAAUGGGUUGGCAACGCGUAUGUAACACUUCUUGAGUUGCAGGCGUCCAUAGGUUACGGUGACCGCUUUCCAUCAGGCGGACCGUACGCUUGUUUGUCACAGACAUAGUAAAAAAAAUCCUUUAUUUACAGGUGGAAUCACACAAUAUCUAGCAUGAAUGAAAUGAACGAAACUUUCAUUGAGUGACAUUGGUAUCCCAUUGCAAAUAAAACAACUUUUUGGGUAUAAAACAUUUAUCAGCAUUUACACUUUGCUUACACAACACAACAUUCAACUUGUACAAUUUGAGAUAUUAAGUAUUACCACAGAAUAUAUAAUAGUACAAGUACAGAAGGCCCACUGCUUUGAUGUUCACGAAAUGCCGCCUUUUUAAAUACCUACAAAAUUCUUACAAAGAAACGAGCCGCACGUGC